AUGCUCCCCCUGUAUCCCCUGCCGCCACCGCCACAGGUAGCUUUAGCUAUAUUAAUGGACAAGGUAGUAAUAGUUAACAUCUGGUUUCUUUUACCGUUUUGGUUCAUUUACAGUACAUAUUUCUCAGCUGCCAUUUUGAAAUCAUGGAUAGUUAAAAGGAAAUCAUGGAUAGUUAAAAGAACUUGGAUAGUCAAAAGAAAAUCAUGGAUGGUCAAAUGGAAAUCAUGGAUAGUUAAAUGGAAAUCAUGGAUAUUUAAAAGGAAAUCAUGGAUGGUCAAAAGGAAAUCAUGGAUAGUUAAAUGGAAAUCAUGGAUAGUCAAAAGAAAAUCAUGGAUGGUCAAAUGGAAAUCAUGGAUAGUUAAAUGGAAAUCAUGGAUAGUCAAAAGGAAAUCAUGGAUGGUCAAAAGGAAAUCAUGGAUGGUCAAAAGGAAAUCAUGGAUAGUUAAAAGAACUUGGAUUGUCAAAUGGAAAUCAUGGAUAGUUAAAAGGAAAUCAUGGAUAGUUAAAAGAACUUGGAUUGUCAAAUGGAAAUCAUAG